UUUUUUCGCGUGGAGCAGUUUGGAUGGAGUUUUUAGCGGUGAAAGAGCCGCGAACUUAGGAUGUCUUCAGGCGCAUCACGCGCGACGACACCAGGAUGCUUUACAAGCACAGCAAGCACCUGAGUGGACGAUACAAGAAGUCUGCACAUCACUUGGUCUGGCUCCUCUGUCUUUGUGUUCACCUCUUGCCUCAAGUGGAUGGCUUAUUUAUGUCUAAUGCUAAGGCUGUCCUGCAAGGGUGUGAUGACUACUGGACCUUACAGGAGAAGGAGCGUAUGCCUGUGCUCUUUCAAACCACGGUAUGCGUGGACAUACAGGUCCUUUCCCCAGGCGAGUGGACAGCAUUUAACUAUGUCUCGGCCCCUGCACCCAGCUAUAAUCUUGCUCUGCAAGGGGAUACAAACAACCUGUACGCCUGGUUGUUGGGUGUACGCCACCAGUUCCCUGUCCAACUGACCACUAAUCGCUGGUACCACAUAUGUCUUCGGUGGGACGGCCCUCGCAAAAGCUUCAGCCUGACGAUAGGUGGCAACUCGGAAGUAUACCAGCGGACCGUCAUUGCCCGAGCAAUCCCUCCUUCAGGGCGUCUUCUGCUGGGUUGCCAACCAAACAAAGCCUCCCCUGGAGCAAAAAUGGCCACCGUGGAGCUCUACCUGUUCCGCAUUUGGGACGAUGUUGGAGAGCACAAAGCCUGUGAGGAUGGGACAGUGAUUGGCUGGGACUCACGACUUUGGGCCAUCACACGAGCCCAGGCUAGAGUGCAAGAUUAUACAUUGCAAUGUGGUCUAGGGCAUCUGCGUAUGAAACGCAGUGCAGACAGUACUACAACUUCAUCCACAUCCCAAGUUUCAGCCAGCACCCCAGAGUUUGUCUCGACAUCUAGUCCACUCCAAAUGAUUUUGACUUCAAUAAUUACUGGUUCACUGAAAUCCACAACCCAAGGACAGAGCCUUCAAUCUUUGAAUCAGGCCUUAAACACAGUCUCUGCUUCAACCCCACAAGUCAGAACCACUCCAAAUCCUGCAGGACUCUCUACAACAACUUCUGUUCCUUCAGUGACUCUCAGUGCACCAACACGAAUUCCCCUCACAUCAGCUACUACAUCAAACACUAUUACACCCGCUAUUCAGGCUGGUUCAGCUGUUAAUUACAUAACUACUAUGUCAAACACUAGCAAAGGACUGUGCCCAGAGCACGAUAUUGCGUCCCCUGGAGGGGGUUUUGUGUACUGCACAUCUCCAAUGUCUUAUGAAGAUGUCUGCAAGACCCAGGGACCUGUCAGUGUCACAUGUUCUUAUAAUGAGAAUGGUUUCAUUCCUAAAGAAUUCGCUAAUCAGUUCUGCAAUGAUGAGAACCAACAAUAUUGUGAGUGUCACGUGUCUACCAACAGUGAGACCUAUUAUGCUGUUCGUCUAAAUAUUACAAGCCCAGAUGUGAAUUUCAUCUACAUUCAGAACAUGGUUGUACAGUUGAGCACUCCUUGCAACAAUUCCAGUAUGCAAGGGUCUAUGUGUAAUUCUUUUAAUGAAGUAUACCAGUUAUAUCAGAGAAUGCACUUGGAAUGUUUUGGUGAAGGAACGAGGCAAGUUGUACUAUUGAUUGUUUAUGUAUAUCUGUGUGCAUUUGGUCCCCGUGAUUUGGCCAAGUAA